CCCGGGCUAGGCAGCACAGCGACUCCUAAACUCAGUUUAGCUCUGCCUGGACCCGCUUCUGCCAUGACUACCAAACAAUCUAAAAGGAAAGAGGUGCAUCGCAUCAACUCGGCUCACGGAUCAGAUAAGUCUAAAGAUCUGUACCCCUUCAGCAGUGGUGUACAAUCUGGUUCUAUUGAGCAGAAGAAGGGGAAAUUCCCAAUCUGGCCAGAAUGGAGUGAAACUGACAUAAAUGCAGAAAAGUGGGAUGCAGGCAAAGGUGGAAAAGAAAAGGACAAAACAGGGAAAAGCCCCAUAUUUCACUUUUUUGAAGACCCUGAAGGAAAAAUUGAAUUACCACCAUCAUUGAAAAUUUAUUCCUGGAAACGUCCACAGGAUGUUGUUAGCCGGACGCCAGUAGUUGUGAAAAAUGAAAUUAUGUUUGACUUGUUUUCUGCAAAUGAACAUUUACUCUGCAGUGAGCUGAUGAGAUGGAUUAUCAGUGAAAUCUAUGCAGUGUGGAAGAUAUUCAAUGGAGGGAUUUUGAGUAAUUAUUUUAAAGGGAACACAGGGGAGCCUCCUCUUCUUCCAUGGAAACCUUGGGAGCACAUAUACUCACUAUGCAAGGCUGUGAAGGGUCAUAUGCCUUUGUUUAAUAGCUAUGGGAAGUAUGUGGUAAAACUUUACUGGAUGGGUUGCUGGAGAAAGAUAACUAUUGAUGACUUUCUGCCUUUUGAUGAAGAUAACAAUCUAUUGCUUCCAGCUACAACCUAUGAAUUUGAACUCUGGCCAAUGCUUUUGUCUAAAGCGAUUAUUAAGUUGGCAAAUGUUGACAUCCAUAUGGCACAAAGGAGAGAACUGGGAGAGUUCACUGUUAUUCACGCACUCACAGGGUGGUUACCUGAAGUCAUUUCUCUUCAUCCAGGAUAUACGGACAAAGUUUGGGAGCUCUUGAAAGAAAUAUUGCCUGAGUUUAAGCUGCCAGAAGAGCACAGCUCUGAAAGCAAAUUAGCAAUGAUAGACACCAAAUUAAAAGAACCUGGCAAAGAAGGAAAGGAUAUAAAGGAAAUGAAAGAUGGAAAGGAAGUGAAAGACUUGAAGGAUUUCAGACCCGAUGGUUCCUCGACAACACUAAGAGGUCCUGAGAAAUUUGACAAAAUUUCAAAGGACAAAACAGAUGCAAAAGACCCUGGGAAGAAGAGGAGUAAAGAUGGAGAGAAGGAGAAGGAGAAGGAAAAAUUCAAACUGUCACUUCAUGGUUCAAGACCCUCAUCAGAUGUGCAGUACUCGGUGCAGUCCCUUUCAGAUUGUUCUUCAGCAGUACUGUCCCCUCAUAUGGUUGUGUACGCUACAUUUACACCUCUCUAUCUGUUUGAAAAUAAGAUAUUUUCAUUGAAGAAGAUGGCAGAUUCUGCUGAGAAACUUAGAGAAUAUGGGCUUUCCCACAUUUGUAGUCAUCCCGUGCUGGUGACUAGAAGUAGAUCUUGUCCUCUUGUGGCACCACCAAAACCACCUGCCACACCUCCCUGGAAGCGCAUUCGUCAAAAAAAAGAACCUGUUAUAACAGAUGAAGCUCAAAGAACAAUUUUAAAGAAGCCUGAGCAGUUUCUUGAGAUUUCAAGUCCAUUUCUGAACUAUAGAUUGACUUCAUUUACAAUUCCAACAGAAGCGCAUUAUGUACAAUCUUUUACUAAAAAAGGAGUGUCUUCAAGAUCUGGUUUACCUUCUGUCCCUGAAAGUGAUGAAACUACAACCACUAGUCAGCUAGACUUGAGUCAAAUAACAAGAACUGUAUCUCAGAACAAUAUAAGAUGUGUUUGACGAGUUUGUCUUCUCUGAUGCACAGAUGAACAGAUGGACCUUGGAUGGAGUGACAUCCAUCAAACUGAGGGAUUUCCUUUGGAAAGAGAUUUGGCCAGCCCCACCACAGCAACACAGGAAAAAUCACAAGAAGAGCUUACAAUAAUAAAUAAUGGAGUUUCUAAAGAAAUAUGGUUAGAUUUUGAAGAUUUCUGUGUGUGCUUUCACAAUAUAUAUAUUUUCCACAAGCCAAGUUCAUACUGCAUUAACUUCCAAAAGACAGAAUUUAAGUUCUCAGAAGAACGUGUGUCCUACUAUCUGUUUGUGGAUAGUCUAAAACCUAUCGAAUUACUGGUUUGCUUUUCCGCAUUGGUACGCUGGGGGGAAUCUGGAGCCUUAACAAAAGACAGCCCUCCUGUAGAACCUGGACUCCUCGUAGUUGAAACAAUUUCUUGGAAAUCUCUGAAGCCACGCAAUCUUGUUCUGAAGAUUCAUACAUAUGCUACCAAAGCUGCAGUGGUCCGUCUGCCUGUUGGGAGACACAUGCUGGUCUUCACUGCCUACUCCCUGGUGGGACACACCUUGCAUGUCUGCAGCAUGGUGACUUUUGUUAUUGGGGAUGAAGAUGUUGUGCUGCCCAAUUUUGAGUCGGAGAGCUACAGAUUCACAGAACAGGCUCUCAUAAUUUUGAAAGCUGUUGGAAAUGUCAUUGCUAAUUUCAAGGAUAAGGGGAAACUUUCCAUAGCUCUGAAGGAUCUUCAAGCAGUUCACUACCCUAUCCCCCUCCAUGAUAAAGAAUUAACAGCCCAGCACUUCAGGGUUUUUCAUGUUUCUUUAUGGCGUAUAAUGAAAAAAAUUCAAAUAACAAAACCAUCUCCAAACUUCAAAUUUGCAUUCCGUGCUCUGGUUUUGGACAUGGAGUUACUCGAUUCCUCCUUGGAAGAGAUUUCUUUAGUGGAAUGGACAGACAUGAAAUCUUGUAUACCAGCAAGUGAGAAAGAAUAUUCUCCUGAGGAAGUAGCAGCAGCAAUUAAAAUUCAAGCCAUGUGGAGAGGGACUUACGUUAGAUUACUUAUGAAAGCCAGAAUACCAGACACCAAAGAAAAUAUCAGUGUUGCAGAUAUUCUUCAAAGAGUUUGGGCCAUAUUGGAACUGAAUAUGGAACAGUAUGCACUUUCACUCUUAAGGCUAAUGUUUAAAAGCAAGUGCAAGUCUAUUGAAUCAUAUCCAUGCUAUCAAGAUGAAGACACUAAGAUUUAUUUUGCUGACUAUACUGUGACCUAUCAAGAUCAGCCACCAAAUUCUUGGUUUAUAGUAUUCAGGGAGACAUUUUUGGUUCCUCAAGACAUGAUUUUGGUCCCAAAAGUAUAUACAACACUUCCUAUCUGUAUGCUACAUGUUAUUAAUAAUGACACAAUUGAACAAGUGCCAAAGAUAUUCCAAAAGGUGGCGCCUUAUCUUUAUACCAAGAAUAAGAAGGGAUACACAUUUGUGGCUGAAGCGUUUUCUGCUGACACAUAUGUAACAGCUUCCCGAUGGAAACUGCGCCUCGUUGGCUCUUGCACUCCACUCCCCUGCCUGUCUCGAGAGGCUCCGUGCAACACCUUUGCCAUAAAGGAGAUCAGAGAUUACUACAUACCCAAUGACAAGAAAAUUUUAUUCAGGUACUCAGUUAAAGUUACGGUAGCACAUCUCAUUACAGUACAUGUGCGCACAUCCAAACCAGACGCCUUCAUCAAGCUGCAGAUUCUGGAAAACGAAGAAAGUAUAGUGAGCACCACUGGAAAAGGCCAAGCCAUUAUCCCAGCAUUUUACUUCUCAGGGAGUGAAAAAGCUUUGAGCUCUCAGUCUAGCAAGCAAGUUCUUUCAACUCAUACUGUACCCAAGAAAGAGCAAGAAGUGUACGCCAAGAAGAAAACUAACCAGGGAAGUCAGAAACCCUAUAAAAAUAGACCUGGAAGUGCAGUAACAGACACUGGUCUCCCUCUUUUGGAGGAAGAAAUUGUCAAUAUGCCCACCAUAGAUGAAAAUUCCAACACAACACAACAGGGUAACAAGUAUAUUAUACAGUGUUUGGUGUUGUAUAACAGUUGGCCUCUCACUGAAAGUCAGCUGACAUUUGUUCAAGCACUAAAAGAAUUAGAGAAAAAUGAUAACAAAGCUCAUGUUGAGAAACAUGAAGAAUUAAUUACCUUGGGAAGCCCAGAUUCACAUACUAUUAGCGAGGGGCAAAAAUCUUCUGGCACUUCCAAAACAACAAGGAAAGGCAAAGAAAAGUCUUCUGAAAAAGAAAAGACAGCCAAAGAAAAACAAGUGCCUCGUUUUGAGCCCCAGGUACCCACUGUUCACUCUCAACAAGAAGAUCCCAAUAAGCCCUACUGGAUUUUGAGGUUGGUCACUGAACACAAUGAAGUGGAGUUCUUUGAGGUGAAAAAAGAUACAGAACGAGCAGAUGAAAUCCGAGCCAUGAAGCAAGCCUGGGAGACUGCUGAGCCAGGAAGAGCAAUUAAGGCUUCUCAGGCUCGUCUUCAUUACCUUGGCCAGUUCAUUAAGAAAAUGCCUGAGGCUGAGAGCACAUCAGCAACUGAAAGCCAAGCCAAGCCAGCGGAGGAAGCAGAAACGCCUACAAUUAUUGUAAAAGAGCCAGACAUAAGAAGUUCUUCAAACUCAGAUACCAAAGAUGCCAAAGAUGCCCAAACAGGACUAGGAAAUAUGGUGUGGAAGAGGUGGCAAAUAACCAAGACCUUCAAGGAUCUGACAAAAUCCAUGAGCAGUGAAAGUGGAGGUGUGCCAGGGAAGGAAGAGCGUGAGCAAAGCAUGCGCAAGGAAAAUGUCAGAGCUCGUUCACGAUCUCCAACACUUUUGGAAUUAUCUCCACGACUUAUUAGGAAAGAACUAGAAAUCGUGGAUUUAAAUCAAUAUAUACGGAAAACAAAUAAUGAGCCUCAGCUGCAAACAGAUGAACUAAAUCAGCAGCAGGCAAUGCAAAAGGCAGAAGAAAUCCACCAAUUUCGAGAGUAUAGAACCAGAAUCCUUAGCAUAAGAGACAUUGACCAAGAAGAACGGUGUAAGUUAAGAGAUGAAGUCCUCGAUAUGUAUGGGGAAAUGCGGGACUCCUUAGAUGAAGCCCGCCAGAAGAUCCUCAGUUCCCGGGAAGAGUACAGAAACAAGUUGCUGGAGGCGGAACGCCUAAGGUUGGAAGAGCUCGCUGCCAAGGAAGCAGCGAUGCGCGCGGAGACGGAAAAGAAGGCGCAGGCUACAGAUGCACAGAAAAAAAAGAAAGGAAAGAAAAAGUAACCAAGAGAUACCCUAUACUACCCGUCCUCUGGAGAAGAAAAGCAAAUUUUAAUCAUCUAUUACUUUGCCUGUUGAUAGAAUCAGGUCUUAGGCCAAUUGAAAAUAGUUUUAGGUUAGAAAUAGUUUCUGUGUUUUAAUGUUAACUUACUAGUUUUUCUCAGAAAGCUAGUAGGAAAGCGAUUAGAGUUUAAGAUGUUCUAAUUUCAGUAAAGUUGCCUCUAAAUAUUUAGACAGUAAUAAAAU